CUGGCUGAUGAACUAGCUAGGAGAGAUGUUUUGCUGCUCACAAACUGGGAAGAACUGCUGGAAGAUGCAGAAGUCAAGGGCAGCUGUGGCUGCCGUAAGUACAAAACUGUGGAGGUCAAGGAUGUAUUGAAGGUAAAUUUCUUGAUGCAGCUGGCUGAUGAGCUAGCUAGGAGAGAUGUUUUGCUGGAUAUGCUGCUCACAAACUGGGAAGAACUGCUGGAAGAUGCAGAAGUCAAGGGCAGCUGUGGCUGCAGUAAGUACAAGACUGUGGAGUUAAAGGUUCAGAUAGGAUACUACAUUGAAGAAACAGUUAUUGAGGAAGGUGAACCACAUGAGGUGGUCACUGAGAUCACUGAGACCAUUAGCACAGACUUCUCAGGUCCUGAAACUAUCACACACACAGUGGAACAUGCAAAACCUCCUGCUGAGGUUGCAGCAGCUCCAGCCAGGAAGAAGAUAAUAAGGACAAAAGUGGACACCUCCAAGUUUUUGACACCUUAUCUGCAACACAGUAAUAAAAUGAAGGACCUGUUCAGUGAGGUUAAAUACCGCAUGGCUGGGGAAGCUGCUAGGACUAUUUGCCACGUGGAUGAAAAGGCCAAGGAUAUAGAACAUGCAAAGAAGGUGUCACAGCAAGUGAGCAAGGUAUUAUAUAAACAGAACUGGGAGGAGAGCAAGGACAAGUACCUGCUUCCUCCUGAUGCUCCAGAGCUUGUGAAUGCAAUAAAAAACACAGCAAUGUUCAGUAAGAAACUUUAUACUGAAGACUGGGAGGGGGACAAAACAUUAUUCUAUCCAUACAAUGACAGUCCAGAGCUCAGAAGGGUGGCACAGGCUCAGAAGUCACUGAGUGAUAUUGUCUACAAAAAGGGGCAUGAUGAAAGAAAAUCUAAAUACACUUCUCUACCAGAUCCACCUGAUGUGGAACAAGCCAAGAAAGUGACAAGGCAGCUGAGUGAUAUUAUUUACCACAAGGACUAUAAGACCAAUGUCAAAGGCAAGUGGAGUCAGACUCCAUGCUAUGACGUUGCAGUUGCAAAAAUGAAUGCAGAAAAUCUAAGCAUGAAAAAAUACCAGGAAGACUUUGAAAACAUGAAAGACCAAAUCUACUUCAUGCAAACUGAAACCCCAGAAUAUGAAGCUAAUAAGAGAGUUUCAAAUAAUGUCAGUAAGACAAAAUACAGAGCUGACUAUGAAAAGAACAAAGCUAUUGCAGAUUACAAUGUGCUUCCUGCUACAGAAAACCCACUGCUGAGGCAAUUAAAAGCUGCAGGGAACGUGCUGAGUGAUAAAUUGUACAAACAAGCCUAUGAACAAUCAAAAGGAAACAACAUGAAUUACUGUGACACACCAAAAUUCCAGAUUGAUGCUGCCCUGAAGAACUUCAGUGAUGUAAAAUACAAAGAUGCAUAUCAAAAGAAUAUCUUGGGACACUAUUUGGGCAGCUUUGAGGACCCACAUCAUACACACUGCAUGCAAGUUGAAGCCAUGAAGAGUGAUAAAAAUUACAAAGCGGAUUAUGAGGAGGAAAAGACAAAAUGCUACUUCCCUCAGACCAUCACUCAAGAGUAUGAAGCUAUUAAGAAGUUAGAGCAGUGUAAAGAUCACACCUACAAAAAGCACCCUGAUCAAACCAAAUUUACUCAAGUGACUGACUCUCCAGUACAGAAGCAAGCAGAGAUCAACAGCAAGCAGCUGAGUGAUAUUCUGUAUAAAUCCAAAGGUGAAGAAAUUAUUCACAAGUACCACCUCCCUCCAGAUGUCCCCCAGUUUAUACAGGCUAAAGUCAAUGCUUACAAUAUUAGUGAUAACUAUUACAAAAUGGGAUUGGAAGAAUUAAAAUCAAAAGGAUAUGAUCUAAAAAUUGAUGCUAUUCCCAUCCAAGCUGCCAAGGCUGCUAGACAGGCUGCCAGUGAUUAUAAAUACAAAGAAGCAUAUGAGAAAGCCAAAGGAAAGCACGUGGGUUUCAGAAGCCUGCAAGAUGACCCUAAGCUCGUCCACUACAUGAAUGUAGCAAAGAUUCAGUCUGAACGUGAGUACAAGAAAGACUAUGAGAAGAGCAAGGCUAACUACCAUGCAUCUCCUGACAUGUUCAGCAUCCAGGCUGCUAAACAGUCUCAGGACGUGGCUUCUAAUGUCCACUACAAAAACCUGAUCCACCACUACACUUACCUGCCAGAUGCCAUGAACGUCGAGCUGACCAAGAACAUGAUGCAAAUUCAGAGUGAUAAUGCAUACAAAGAAGAGUACAACAACUGGUUAAAGGGGAUUGGGUGGAGUCCUCUUGGUUCUCUGGAUGUUGAAAAGGCUAAAAAGGCUGGAGAAGCUCUAAAUGAGAAGAAAUAUCGUCAGCACCCAGACACCAUCAAGUUCACCAGUGUAGCAGAUUCCAUACCAAUGCUUCUAGCUCAGCACAACACCAAGCAACUGAGUGAUGUAACAUAUAAGAAAGAGGGUGAGAAAGUAAAGCACAAAUACACCCUGGAUCCUGAUGUUCCUCAGUUCAUCCAAGCCAGGGUCAACGCCUUCAAUUUGAGUGAUUCAAACUACAAAGCAGACUGGAAGAAAACCAUUGCCAAAGGCUAUGACCUGAGACCAGAUGCCAUCCCCAUCAUCGCUGCCAAAGCUUCUCGAAACAUUGCAAGUGAUUACAAGUACAAGGAAUCCUAUGAGAAAGACAAAGGCAAGCAGGUUGGAUUCCGGAGCCUGCAGGAUGACCCGAAACUUGUCCAUUACAUGCAUGUGGCCAAAAUCCAGUCAGAUCGUGAGUACAAGAAGGAUUAUGAAGCCACCAAGACCAAAUACCAUACUCCUCUGGAUAUGUUCAGUGUGACAGCUGCCAAGAAAGUCCAGGAAGCAGUUUCCAACACUGGCUAUAAGCAGCUAAUCCACAAUUACACACUCUUGCCUGACGCCGUGAACCUGGAGCUAUCAAAAAAUGCAAUGCAGCUUCAAAGUGAUAAUUUGUACAAAGCAGACUUUAAUAACUGGUUGAAAGGAGUUGGUUGGGUACCACUUCAGUCCCUGGAUGUGGAAAAGGCCAAAAAAGCCACACAGAUCCUCAGCGAGAAGAUGUAUCGCCAGGCCCCAGACAAACUGAAGUUCUCCAUUCCAACAGAUGCAAUGGAACAAGUGCUGGCUAGGCAAAAUGCCAAGACCAUGAACAAGAGGCUCUACACAGAUAAAUGGAACAAGGAGAAGACCACCAUCCAUGUCAUGCCAGAUACUCCAGAAAUUCUGCAGUCUAGAGUGAAUCAGAUCACCAUGAGUAAUAAACUUUACAAAGCUGAAUGGGAGAAAGACAAGAAGAAAGGUUAUGACCUGAAGCCAGAUGCUAUUCCAAUCAAAGCAGCCAAAGCCUCCAGGGACAUCGCCAGUGAUUAUAAGUACAAACUCGCCUACGAAAAAGCGAAAGGGAAGCACAUUGGGUUCCGCAGCCUUGAAGAUGACCCCAAGCUGGUGCACUUCAUGCACGUGGCUAAGAUGCAAUCUGAUAGAGAAUACAAAAAAGAUUAUGAGAAGGCAAAGACCAAUUUCCACACUCCAGUUGACAUGUUCAGUGUUGUGGCGGCCAAGAAAGCCCAGGAAGUGGCUACAAACGCAAACUACAAAAGCUUGAUCCAUACCUACAAUGUUUUGCCUGAUGCCAUGAGCCUUGAGCUAGCCAAAAACAUGAUGCAGUUACAAAGUGAU